GGGGAGUCUGUGACUGGAUCGCAAGGGCAGAAAAACAGCACAUCUCAUGACCCAGAGCAAGAUGCAGACCUGGAGUCUGGUAAAGACCACAGCCAGGGAAGUGGCCCCAAAUCCAGAUCUCGCAUUAUUGCUAUUAUUUCCCUCCUUCUCUGUUUCAUUGGUUGUCUUAAUUAUAUAAUUAGUAUCGUUGUAGAGGUUUUGUGCAUGUGGAAUCUGAACACAUUUGGGAAAGACAUGGCAAAUUCUACUGACGAAAUGCUUACUACAAACAAUGACACGUGUGAUCCCGGGCAAUCUCAAGAGCAUAUACCUUAUGACCUGAUUGAUUUUGUACUUUACAUUCAGCCUGCUAUCGUUAUUAGCUUCUGGGAGUUCAAAUUAGCUAGCCCCAUUGACCAAUAUGAGAGGGAGGAAAAUCAAAAAAUCAAAAAAGAAAAUAAGGGUGCAGACGAAAAGAUAAAGCGUGAAGAGACAGAGUACCGUGUGCGUCGCACCUGCUACUUUAUUUCCUUGAACAUGUUGUUCUUUUUCCUUUUCCACUGCGUGGAAUGUACAAGCUGUUCUUUCUUGAACCCCAGUGUGUUUUUGGGAACGGCGAUUACAUUUUUGAACAGACCGGCUUGUCCGUGGAUUAGCAUUGCUUUUCAACUGCCUGCGGUGCCCGCCUAUACAUUAGGCUGUUGGUACGCUACUAGAAUGGCGUGGGUGCUACGCCGACGAGCCGAAAAAAUAAUCAAUGAAUCAGAAGACCACUUUGGCACUGGCAACCAAGAUAAAGAUCCAAGAAAUAUUCUAAAAGAAUUAAAUGAGAAGUUAUUCUAUGACGACUGGGGUGAGAAAGUUUGGAAGAAAAUUGCCGUUGUUAUGAACAUCAUGAUGUUUAUUGCUGCUACCCUAGUUCUCCUCUACACACACGUGUAUAUAUCGGAGGUUAAGCUGACUCUAGGGCGGUGGUCUAGUCACUUAAUGCGGCUGCUUUCUAUAGUGUUUCUCGCCAUGAUCCCUUACCUGUAUGUUGCUUAUGCCUGUACCCGAGUGACUGAAGAGCUUAACAAGAUGUUAGAAAAAAGCAUGGAGGCAGAACGGCACUAUGUGUAUGAUAAAGUCGAGAGUUCUGAAUUUGGCCAUACUGCGGAUAAAGUUAACAUGGACAGCAUAGCAGUACAGUACAAUGAUCAUGAUCAUAAGCCCGAAUCUGAGGACGUUGGCCCUGUUGAUGAAGUUAACAUAGACAGUAUAGGAGUAAACUGCGACAUCCCUAGCGAGUGGGACAAUAUAGCUAUUAGAAUCAAAACACUUGACCAACGUAUCCAAUUGAGUGAACGACGUGCACAGUGGGACAGACUACACCAGGAAAUCUCCAAAGUUCAGGACACGGCUCUUUACAAUGGGAUACUGACUUCUGCAUACACAACUAGGAAUGGUGUUCACUGGACACUUUUAGGCAUGAUAGGCGCUGUAGCAUGGGAAGUUCUGGACCACCUUAAUGCAUUUGAGGAUAGCAUUGACAGCGACGCAAGUAAGGAACGGUUCGUAGUAACGUUGUUCGGUACUUUGGCGCUUGUAGCUGGCAUUUCAGCUGUGAUUUUUGUGAUCUGUUGGCAGAUAUGUGGUUGUUGCGGUGACAAAAUGUGUAAGGAAGCAUGUUGCUCAAACCUUAAAGAAUAUCCUAGAGCAAACAUUUGUUUGGUCGCAUUUGCAACCCUUGUCGUCUGGGGCAUUAUAUACAUAAGUUUCUAUUUUGAGGUCUACAAGGAUAAAGAUUGUACGAUGGAAUCGAAUCCUCUCUUUCCAUAGUUGUCAUAACACUAAACAAUCUGUAUAUUGCUGGAAAAUAGAUAGAUGAAAAUGCAUAGGUGGACAUAAUUUUAAACGUUUUGAGAAUUGACUAUAUUUGACUUAUGGCGACUACAAUAACCUCCUAAGAUUCGAAAGGAUCACAUGGUUGUCUAAUUCAACUAGAAAGGUAUAACCUUCAACUGGUCUUGCCCAACAAACUACUGCUUUGUUUAUUCUUACUCAAAGCAAUACGUUGAUGUAUUGUGAACAGACUCUCCAACUCUGUUCUACUACAUAAUGUAACCCAACACCACAGGGUGUUGCUACAGUACAAGUUACCAUGGUGACAGACGUCUGGUCCAGUUUUUAAACUGCGCUGACUUUGCCUUGUUUUGCAGUGUCCUACAAUCAUAAUAUAGCUAUAUCAUAAACUACAGUGAUUAAUGUAAAUGCCCAUGUUCAGAGAAGAUAUGUUACACUGUUUUCAAAAUGAUGAUGAUGGUGUAUAAAAUUGUAUAAAGGUGUAAAUGUACUUAUUAUUGUUAUUUUCUGUGUACGUAUGUGGCAUAACAAAAUACUAGUAAGUUAUAACUUGAGUGUACGUCACAUUGUCCAUGUCUUUUGUGUAAUGGUAAUAAAAAUGUGCUACAAUAUGCGGACUGUCCACACCGAAGGUCCAAGAUAUGUUAUUAAGUGAUCAUGAUAAAAGUACAUGUAUUUUAAAAAGAAUCUGAUCACGUAGAGGAACACUGUAAUUAUGAAUACAAUGUCCGUCUAUGUGCCAGUAUACAAAUUUAUACAAUGUAUAUAAUGUUGUGAAAUAUAUUGGACAUAGAAAUCUAGCUUCAUCUUACUUCCUGGACAUGAAUAGUCUAAUGCCCUUAUAGAAUACACAAGAUUCUUCCAUGUAAAUAUGCAUUCUUGCGAUAUUGCAAUUUUGCGAUCCAAUAAGAAAGACAAAAAUAACUGUGCAAAUAAAAUUGACUGAAAGAAGUAUGAUUAAAACGUACAAUGUCUUCAUUGUGUGCAAGUUUGUGUGCUGGAAAUCUUGCCUAUUGAAUAUAUUUAUAUGAGUAUUAGGUAUUAUCCUUAAAUGGUUUUCGUCUCUUUUUACGUCUCUCUUG